UUUGAUUUUGAUUGAGCAAAAAGUACUCCGUAAGGUUAGCACGAAUUCAAAUUAUUUUACUUGUUGAUUUUAGAGAGAUUGAAGAUGACUUCAAUUUCUUCGUCGAGACCUCUGCAAAUUCAAUUCCUCAGCAGAAUCGGUCCUUCUCCCCGUUCACUUCAACCGUCUUCAUAUCUUGCCAUUCACCGUUGGAACAACUCUCAGUUCCGUCGGUGCACGAUUGUAGUGAAGACCAGCUCUGUAGAUGGAUGGGCUGGGAAUGACCGGGGCCUUCACAAACUGGAGCUUCUUAGGAAACCGGUGACUGCGCCGUCCGUGGAGUAUUCCGGUGGGGGAGAGUCAACAGGAAAGCCCCAUUACGAUGAGAGUGAGGAGAUUGACAAAGAGGAUCGGUUUGAUUGGGAGCACAAGAUUUUGGGGGAAACCUAUCCGCUUGUAGGGCUUGCCAGAGUGAUUCUUCAUUCUGGAAGAUAUGAAGUUGGUGAUCCGCUAAGUUUUGAACAUGAAAAAAUUAUGUUGGAGAAGUUUCUUCCAUACCAUCCAGAGUGUGUAAAGAAGAUUGGGUGCGGUGUCAAGUACAUUACUACAGGGUACCACCCAACAUAUGGAAGAUCACGAUGUUUGUUUAUAGUGCGUGAAGAUGGAGAACAUGUUGACUUCUCUUAUUGGAAGUGCUUAAAGGGUUACAUCAAGAAAAACUACCCACAUUGUGCUGAGAGCUUUAUACUUAGGCAUUUUGAGAAGUUGAAGCGUGAGUGAAGGUAUAUUGUUUUGAUUUGUAGCUAUUUCUACUUUGAUCAAUCUAUGGAAAGAAAUCCCGGCACCAAAUGAUUUGAGUAAUCACCACAUUACGGUGUAUUAUGUAAAUGUGGUAAUUAAUACCGGGUGUAAAAAACUAUUAGAAUCUACAUUCUGCAAAUCUCUAGUGGGUAUUUGAUAUCUUAAAACUUUCAGUUGUUCUCCCAAACGAGUGGUGCUGACAAAAAAUCAUCAAUAAACUUCUUUGUUUACUAUACCAAAUCUCACAUAAAAAAUUGAAAAAUAAUAGGAGGUUGGACCAGAGGCUGGAAAAAGGAGGGACGGACGGGACAGAAACUAGGGCUUUCUAUCUGAGACAACCGGCAGAGGCGAGACGAGGGACUGUCUUCUUCGAUUGACGCUGAGGACCAGAGGCUCGGAUAGACGCUGGGACUGGGCAGACGAGGUCUGCUCGGUAACCUUCGAUCGACGACGGCGCUAGGAAGAAGCGGUAGACGGAGGCGACGACGGAGCACAGCAGCGGCACCUCAGCUGCUCCUUCUUCGACGAGCGUCCAGCCAUCGGAAACGGCGACCUGGGAUUGUGAUUUCUACGGCGAAUCUAAGCUCUAGCCUGGUUCAAUUCACUCCCACUUUUUCCUCCUAAAUCUAAGCUUUAGCACUAUUUUCUUUAGAUUUGUUCACUCUACUUUUGUAUUCACUUGUUAGAUUAUUUCUCUUUAAUAUUUGUGUUCUUUUCUUAUGGUUGUGUUUCUUGACAUCAUGAGUGGCUAGAUAUCUAGACUUGGGUGUUGGAUUGUUUAAGUGUUUGAUGAUUAUUAUGCUUUGAUUCUUCAUUUGUAGGAUUAUUUGUGGAUAAAUCCUAAGUAGUUUGUGAUAGAGGAUUAUUUCCCUAAUUGUUUGUGUACCAAACAAUGUGUGGUUUUGGAAAUGAGUUUUAAAUCAUCAAGGAAUUGGGUUUUAGAAUUCUAGUCUUAGUUCUU